GAGAACUACUAGCUGCAUAGAAAUGAGGACAGUUGAGCUAUUUUUGGGAUACAAAAGCAUGGCAGUAAACUGCUUAGUGAGGCUCUGAUCUUCCCAUUUAAACUCCCAGGAGAAAACUGGGAGGAAAGAUUCUUGACUAGAGGUGUAUAUUUUGUCAUUUUUGCAUUGUUUUUCCAACUUUAUUACCAUUGUCCAAGCCACUCAAGGGAGCAGAAAAUUCUGCCCUUUUUUAGCUUAGUAGUGUUGGAACAAUCCCAUUGCCAUGCCAGCAGAGAAGGUUGGAGUUUCAUAGAACAAUUCCUACGGGUGGACACGAGUAGACGUCUCUAUAUUUUUGAUAAGCCAUGGCAGAGUGUAAUGGUUUGAUCAAUGAGUGUCCACUUCUGAUACCUCAGAACAAACAGAAGACCGUGUUCGAUGGCUUCAUUACAGUUAAGGACAAGGAGUUUCGUAUAAGAAUACUGUUACCAGAACAGAAAUGUUUGAGAAAUGCAAGACUUCAGUGCAGCUGGCAGUUAAAACAAAUCUUGCGUGGAUACCAGCAUGUAGUAAAGCAGAGACUGCAACACAGCUCUGACCUGAUCAGUUUCAUGUUGGAGUUCAAGACUGUUUUGGAAAUUGCAUUAAGGAACAGAAAUGACCUGUCAGCUCCUCCUCCUCCACAGUAUUAUGCACAGCUUAUUAAAGAGAUUGAAAGUUUGGGUUGGGAUAAACUUGCUUGUAUGGACGCAGAGUUCAGAACCAUUAAGCUGAAGGCUGAGGAUUCUGCAGGUCGAGAGCAUAUGAUCACAAUUAAAUUAAAAUCAAAGUACCCAGCUGAACCACCUGAUUGUUCCACGGAUUUUCCUGUUCCAUUUGUGAUUUCUUGGACACAACAGAGCUGCUUAGUACACCUUCACAGUCAGUUUCUGGCAGCAUUGGAGUCACUGCAGGAAUUCUGGGAUGUUAUGGAUGAGAUUGAUGAGAAAACCUGGGUACUGGAACCAGAAAAGCCAGCACGUGCAAUCCCAACACGCAGAAUUGCCAUCGGUAACAAUGUUUCAAUAAAUGUGGAGGUAGAUCCUAGGCAUCCUAAAAUGUUGCCUGAAUGCUGCUUCCUUGGUGCUGAUCAUGUGGUAACUCCAUUGAGAAAUAAGCUGAACACCAACAUGCAUCUUUGGUCUCCAGAGUGCACCGUGCUGGAAAAUCUAAAGAAUAUGUUGGAGGUAGACUUUCCAUCCCCAGACGCCCAUGAGAAGUCUAGUUUCAGUGUGGAAUGUGGAAUCUGUUAUGCAUAUCGUCUGGCUUCAUCCAUACCAGAUCAAGUAUGUGAUGAUCCACGCUGUGGUCAGCCGUUCCAUCAAGAAUGCCUUUAUGAAUGGUUACGGGGGCUGCCUUACUCAAGACAGAGCUUUAACGUCAUCUUUGGUGAAUGUCCUUAUUGCAAUAAGCCAAUUACUGUAAAGAUGACUAUCAAGAAAUCCUAACCACGGAAGAGUGAAGAUUCCUCAUAUCGAUAUUUGUAAACAAGAUGUCUAGUUUCUAAGAAAUUGACACACAAUGUACAUUAGGAUGAUUAACCUUGUAUUAUCUGAUGGUUUACAAACUUGACUUGGUGAACACUGAUCGCAAACACUAAUUUGCCAUAACUGCAAAUAGUCAUAAAUUCUUGUGAUGAAAAGAAUCUCAAAGCCCAUGUAACAAAAGCUGAAUCAGAUUUAUUGUCGCCAUAAGUAAACUGAUUGUCUGAGUAUAAUAUUGAGUAUAGUAUUUUUAUUAUAAUAAAAGUAUAAUAUUUUUAAACUGCUUAAUGUUGCUAAAUUUAGUUUGUUUAUGCAAUAGUUUUAUGCAAAGUGGCAGUUAAACCAUCUGCAAAGUUAACUUGUUACAUGGCACAGAAAGAGUGACAGCAAUAAGUUGUACAGUACUUAAAAAAACAAGAUUACUAGGAUUAUUGAUACUACCAAGACAAGAACUGCAGAACCAUAUUGUAAGAUAUCUGAUUUUACUUGGAUUUGAUUCUCGAACUUGACAGAAGGUAUUGUUGGGCCAAUCGCUCUACUUUCCUUCUGAACACUCCCCAUGACCACUGGUUUACUGUAUGUGAGCUGAGGACCUAUUGGAAGUUCAGUUGGACCAAUUAUUCGUGCUUUGUUCUGAACAGUCAUUGUGACUUCUGGUUUUCUAACCUUGGCCUGAGGUGCUGUUGAAGAUUCAAUUGAGCCAGUUAUUACUAAUUUGUUUUGUACGAUCAUUUUGACCUCUGCUUUUUUGUCCCUCAGGCUCAAUGGUGCUGGAUGUUCAACAUUUUGCAACAUGCUGCUUUUCUCUUUAGUCGAUUUUGGUUCAGGUGGAGUUUGUCUUCUUGUUUGUCUUGUUACAGCUGCCUGGAAAAGAAAUUUAUAAUACACAUUAAAAUGAUGAAAAAACAAUGUAAAAUAAUAGAUGUCAUUGAAAAUUAUACUAGGGAAUUAACGAAUUUGGUUGUGCUCUUGGGACUAUUAAUAAAUAGAAAAUGUUGUUGUAACUUCUUCACAUUGUAUCUAAAGUUAUUUGAGAACAUUGUAUUUCCACAUGC